CAGAGUAUAGGGAAGCCGGGAACCGGAAGUGAAGGCAGAUUCCCUCUUUCGUUACUCUUGCUGCCGCCAUACACGCUCGUCUUGCUCAGCUCUUCUGUCAGAAACUAUUGUUUCUUUUCCUCUACUGCUCCUCAAGCCCCACUCUCCUCCCUUGUUUUCGCUUAUUCUGCGUCAGCCCAUCCAGAGACCCUCCCCUUCUCUCCCUGCCGGCCUAGUUAUGGCAGAGAAUGAUGUGGACAAUGAGCUCUUGGACUAUGAAGACGAUGAGGUAGAGACAGCAGCUGGGGGAGACGGGGCUGAGGCCCCUGCCAAGAAGGAUGUCAAGGGCUCCUAUGUCUCCAUCCACAGCUCUGGCUUUCGUGACUUCCUGCUCAAGCCAGAGCUGCUCCGGGCCAUUGUUGACUGUGGCUUUGAGCAUCCAUCAGAAGUCCAGCAUGAGUGCAUCCCUCAGGCCAUUCUGGGAAUGGAUGUACUAUGCCAGGCCAAGUCAGGCAUGGGAAAGACGGCAGUGUUUGUGCUGGCCACACUGCAACAGCUGGAACCAGUUACUGGGCAGGUGUCUGUGCUGGUGAUGUGUCACACUCGGGAGUUGGCUUUUCAGAUCAGCAAGGAAUAUGAGCGGUUCUCUAAAUACAUGCCCAACGUCAAGGUCGCAGUGUUUUUUGGUGGUCUGUCUAUCAAGAAGGAUGAAGAGGUGCUGAAGAAGAACUGCCCACAUAUCGUCGUGGGGACCCCUGGCCGCAUCCUAGCCCUGGCUCGAAAUAAGAGCCUCAACCUCAAACACAUUAAACACUUUAUCUUGGAUGAAUGUGAUAAGAUGCUUGAACAGCUCGACAUGCGUCGGGAUGUCCAGGAAAUUUUUCGCAUGACCCCCCAUGAGAAGCAGGUCAUGAUGUUCAGUGCUACCUUGAGCAAAGAGAUCCGUCCAGUCUGCCGCAAGUUCAUGCAAGACCCAAUGGAGAUCUUCGUGGAUGAUGAGACGAAGCUGACGCUGCACGGGUUGCAGCAGUACUACGUGAAACUGAAGGACAACGAGAAGAACCGGAAGCUCUUUGACCUUUUGGAUGUCCUUGAGUUCAACCAGGUGGUGAUUUUUGUGAAGUCUGUGCAGCGUUGCAUUGCCCUGGCCCAGCUCCUGGUGGAGCAGAACUUCCCAGCCAUUGCCAUCCACCGUGGGAUGCCCCAGGAGGAGAGGCUUUCUCGGUAUCAGCAGUUUAAAGAUUUUCAACGACGAAUUCUUGUGGCGACCAAUCUGUUUGGCCGAGGCAUGGACAUCGAGAGGGUGAACAUUGCCUUUAACUACGACAUGCCUGAGGAUUCCGACACCUACCUGCAUCGGGUGGCCAGAGCAGGCCGGUUUGGCACCAAGGGCUUGGCCAUCACAUUUGUGUCAGAUGAGAAUGAUGCCAAGAUCCUCAAUGAUGUGCAGGAUCGCUUUGAGGUCAAUAUUAGUGAGCUGCCUGAUGAGAUAGACAUCUCCUCCUACAUUGAACAGACGCGGUAGAGGACUUACCCACCCAUUCUGGAAUGUGACAGCUGUCCCUCUUUAGGUGACGACACCAGGCCUGGGGGUGAAGGAGACACUACUGCCACCUACCCCUGACAACCUACAACCCCCACCCCAUGGCUUCCCUCUUUUGCAUCACCACCACUCCUAAACCCCCAUUUCCUGAUUUGUCAGAACUUUUUUUAACAAAACUAAAAAACA